ACGGACGGCCGAGCCGCGGCUGCGCCGGCUCGACGUGUGUGGACAGCCGGGGUGCGUGAGCGAGCAGAACUGUCUGCCGGCGAGUGCGACUGCCCGCCGCCCCCUGCGGCGCUCAGCGGCGUGGAGGCGGCGUGCUGCGACGACUCUGGCGUGGCCACGGGGGCGAGCCCGGGGGCGGCGGCGGCGGCUGCGGGGGCGGCGGGCCAGGGCGCGGCGGGCGCGGGGGCGGCGGUCACGCUGCAGCAGCACUACUACCCCGAGGGCGGCUGGGGGUGGCUCGUCGUGGCGGCGGCGCUCGCCGUGCACGUGCUGGCCCACGGCGUGCACGCCGCCGCCGGCGUCUUCGUGGCUCACGUCGUCCGCGCCUUCCCAGGGGCCACGCUCGUCGCCGCAGGGUGGCUGGGCGCGCUGUCGACGGGCGUGGCGCUGCUGAUGUCGCCGGUGACGGUGGCGCUGUGCCGGCGCAAGUCGACGCGCCUCACCGCCGUUCUGGGCGGGCUCGUCACCGCGCUCGGCUGCCUCUUCACCUCCUUCGCCUCGCAGUUCCACCAGCUCUUCCUCAGCUACGGAACUGUCAUAGGUGUGGGAGUCGGACUGACGAGAGACUGUUCCACUUUGAUGGUGGCGCAGUACUUCAAACGGCGCCGCGAACUCGUCGAAAUCUUCAUUGUGUCUGGCAGUGGGCUGGGAAUUGCUGUCAUGUCAGUAUUUAUCAAGGGCGCCAUCAGUGCCAUCGGCUGGCGGCUGGGGCUCCAGGCUGUGACGGGAGCCGUCUUCCUCACGUUCUUCCUCGGCACGUUCUACCGGUCGGCGUCGCUGUACCACCCGCAGCGCAGGGCCAUCCUCCACCUCAAGAACCAGAAGCGCAAAAUCAAGGACAAGAGCAAGGUGGACGACCGACCACCGUUCUUUGAUUUCAGCACGCUGCGCAGCAAAACAGUGCGCAUCCUGCUCAUCUCCACCGGAAUCAGCUCCUUUGGCAUCAACACACCCAUCUUCUAUCUCGCGCACCAGGUGGAGGAGGAGGGCCUGGGCGAGACGGCGGUGCUGCUGCAGACGUACCUGGGGCUGGCGUGGGCGCUGGGCUGCGCCGCCUUCGGGCUGCUGGUGGUGCGAGACUCGGUCGAGUGCCGCAUCGCGCGCCAGUACCUCUGCCAGGCCGCCGUCUUCAUCUGCGGGCUGUCCAUUCUGGCGCUGACCACGGUGCGCGGCAGCUACCACGGAUACGUGCUCUUCGCCUGGAUCUACGGCAUCUUCUGCGGCGGCUACCACUACUCGCUCAAGAUGUACACGUACGAGCGCGUCCGGGCACGCAAUUUUGCUCGCACCUGGGGCUUUGUGCAGUGCUCUCAGGCCAUUCCGAUCGCCAUAGGCGUGCCCAUAUCAGGGUACAUCAACGUGGGCUGCGGCAACAAGGCGGGCUACUACUUCAGCUCGUCGUGCGUGCUGGUGGGCAGCCUGACGCUGUUCUUCAUCGACGUGCACCGGCGGCGCCUGGCGCGCCACAAGCACGGCGACGGCUCGCGCCAGCUGUGCCAGGUGGAGGCGUGUCCGCAGCGGCGCCGGCCCUCCUUCUCGCACGAGCCGGACAACCGCGACCCCCAGCUGACGGACGCGCAGCUGGCCGGGGUGCUCGUGCCCUGCGCUGCCGCCCCCGGCGUCGGGCUCGUCGGGACCGCGGCGGGCGUCGUCGUGGGCGCUCCGGGGGUGGUGGCCGCGGCGGCGGGGACGGCGCCGGGGGCGGCUGCGGGGGCGGCGGCGGCGGGCGGCGAGCUGCUGCUGGGCGGCGGCUCGCUGCUGCUGGCGGCCGCGCACGCCGCCGACAAGCCGGAGCUCACCUGCAUCUCCGAGGAGGGCAUCGCCGACAUGGACCUGCCCGACAAUCUGCUCGACGACCUCGACUACAUCGGCGACUGUAUCACCUCCUGCAACAAAGUCGAGAACUACCUGAUGCUCAGCGAGUUCGAGAACAACCUCAUCGCGGAGAUGCCCGUCGCGCUCGACCGCAAGGGCCGUCGCUGGUCCAUCGCCAGGCAAGGUACACGUCCGGGAGAUGAGGCAAAUGCGUCUCUCACGAUGGAGGAGGCCAACAACGGGAACGGUGCCGCCGUGGAGCCAGCGACGACUCCGCAGCCCGCAAGGGACGUGCCGCCAUUCCGAGGCAGCAGCAAAUGGCGUGUCAUGUCGGGGCCCAAGAGAGUCAUUACUGUUAUCGAUGAAGCUUCCGUCUGAACAUUCGUACGAAAUGUGUAAUCUGACACAGACUAAUAAAACAGCCAGCACUAGAAAGGCAGUGAACGAAACCACUUGCAGCACUUGAGUUGCUGCACUGAAAACGUAUUGAAAUACUAUUGGAAGACAUCAUAUAAAGUUUUCAAAAAAUUGUAUUCUUAUAGUGUGCCCAUUAUUUACAGCGAGAGGUAGACAUGAAUUACUACAAAGGUAGCUUGCUUUUGGAAUAGUGUUAGUGAUAGUGAAAAUCAUUAUCAGAAGUAUAAUAAGAAUUUAAAAAUUGUGUUAAACUAAUUAUUAUAAUCGUGUUGUACUGUUUAGUACUAUAUUUCCAAGCUUUUAAUAUAUUUCCUAAAAUUUGUAUCUUAAAUGUAUUUAUUGUUUUGAGUACAGGAGACUAAACAGUACACGCUAGUAACUGUCAUGACGUUUAGCGUUUAUGUAAGUACAAUAUGCUGAUAUCUGUGCUGCUGCUUUCAUACAGUGCCUGUUCACAUUUCCUUUUACCAUGGCAGACGCUCAUUUUAAGCUUCUAGGUGUGUAAAUAAAUGUCGCAUAUUAAUUUAAUUGUUUAAUUGUUAUAAGGUUUCGUGUGUGACGACAUGCCAAAUCAUUCUCUAUUUGAUGUUUAGUGUUUUAGUUUCCCCUUACCUCAGGAUGUAUUGGUAGUCAGCAAAUUUUCCAUGACGACACCUGUUUGCGAUUUAACGCGCAGUACAUUUUGUUAAUGGCUGUAAAUUUAGAAAGUGUAUAUUAUGAAUUAUAUGAAGACAAGUAAAAAAUACAUACA